AUGGCCGUGGGCAAUGAAUCCGAUAGCCUCUCAGAGGACCUAAACCACCCGCUCUCUGCGCCCAGCCACUACCUCAUUGGCGAUAGAUCGUUAUCCAACUGCUCUCUGGAUUGCCAACAGGCUUUUGGAGAGGCCGUGUUUGAUAGAACUGGCAAGAUCAGCCGUUCAGUGGCUAACAGGCCCGCUGAUGAAGCAAAAGGUUCCAAAGACAGCAGCGCUUUCCGAGACAUAAAACUCAUAGGCCGACGGCGCCGGCUACGUCGGCUUUCUAGGGGCUUCUGUGUGGGUGGCCACUAUGGUAUGAUUGGUUACUUUCCUCCUAUCCAUCCUCAUUUUAUCCAUCUCCUUUAUUCUAACUUAUAA